ACCAACUUGAUUAUUCAUAUGACUCCAAACCACACUUGAUUUUAGAAUUUGUUUCUAAAACUCCAAAAAUUCCCUCAAACCCAAAAUUCCAAUCAUGACAUCCUCGAAAAUGGAUGAAGAGCUGAGAAAUGCAGCAGUGAGAGGAGAUGUAGACUUCCUUAAACAUUGUGUUGAAUCCAAUAAACCCAUCGAAUACUACUUGACUUUCUAUCCUGAGGAGGAUGACCAAUCUGGAAGACGCCAUCAUGGCAACAUCUUCCACAUGGCCGCAACCGAAAACCAAGAAGAGUUUAUAAGAGAAGCCAUGGGGAUUUUACCUCAAGAAGCCAAGCACCAACUCCUUGUUCAAACAAGGGGAAUAAGCAAGUGGAACCCUCUUCAUGUAGCAGCCAAAGUUGAAGAAAUCUUUCGAGAACUACUUCAGAGAGAGCCAGAGCUAAUUAAACAAAAAAAAAAGAAUGAUUUAAUUUGUGGGCAUAUUAUGGUAAAAUUUGGCCAUUCAAAAUUCUCUUAGAUUGUAAGGAUAUCAUUCAAGAUGUAAAUAAGAUUUUCACAUACUUGGUAUCUUCAACGAAUAAUAAUAAUGGUGGCAAUCCAUUACACUACUUGGCUAGAUAUGCCCGGUGUACAGAAGAUGCUACAAAAAUUGCAGAAAUGCUGAUAGAUAUUUACAAAAAAGAAUCACCAAGCCUUUCAAAUAAUCAACAUCCUUGGUUAGUGAAGAACAUUGAUGGAGAUACACCUUUGUCAUUGGCCAUAGCCCAGAAGAAUGUAAAUCUGGCAAUAUAUUUGUUGUCAGUGGAUGAAAAUGUAGUUAUCGAAAGUAAGAAGAAUGUUCUAUUCUUGGCUGUCGAGGUUCAAUGUCAUACACUUGCCGAAGAGAUAUUGAAGAUAAUCGAUAACAAAGGUUGGACUCAACUUCUUACGAAUCAUCAAAAGCUCAAUAUCUUGCAUCUUGCUCCAUUAUGCACAGAUGUAAGCUUUGGGACAUGGUUAGUAGAUAUAGCACCAGAAUUCAUCACCCAAAAACAUAAAAAUGGACAAUCACCUUGGGAUAAAGCGUUUGAAUUUGGUCAUGCAUGGUUUAUAAAAGCGGUUUUGGAAAAAGAUUCAUCCGUGUUCAGUAGGGAACCCCUGGCUUGGACAAAAGCUUGUGAAAAAGGUCAUGUCCCAGCUCUUUGUGCCUUCAUCGACCAUAAUCCAGGAGCGUUUCGAGAUCUUUGUAUUGAAAAAAAGGAUUCUCCUUUACAUCAUAUAAAACUGUCAAGUUUAACAAACUAUGAAGAGUUUCUCAAGAUUCCACGCAUGAAGGAUCUAAUUAAUCUUCAAGAUUCUCAAGGUGUAACACCUUUACACAAAGCAAUACAAGAUGACAACUUAUUCUUGACUGAAACUUUACUCAGCAUUGAUAAGAUCAACUAUGACAUCAAGGAUGAUGGAGAUAAUUCUGCCAUAGAUCUAUUGGCUCAGAAAUGCGCUGACAACCAGGCAUGGGACCGAAUGUGUAAGAGAAUUGGACUUGAUCCAAGGAUUAAAACGACAUACUUUCGAACUAAGACGACAAAUUUGUUGGAUGUGCGAAAUUCUUUGUUUGUGGUAGCUGCGUUAUUAGCCACCAUUACAUUCACUGCUGGAUUCACUCUCCCUGGUGGAUUUACUCAAGAUUCGGGUGAGGCAAUUUUGGCAAAGAAGGCAGCUUUUUUGGUCUUUUUGGUAUCCAAUACACUAGCCCUAUUUUUUUCAAUGUUGGUGUUGAUUUGUCUCAUAUGGUCUAUGGUUCUUGAUCCAAUCAAAUCAUUGAUAUUGAUUGAUCGGAGUAUGGUGUUACUCCUUUUGGCACUAAACUGCACAUUAUUGGCGUUUAUGACGGGAGUCUACACUGUCAUAGCCCCAAAGUCAUUGUGGGCAGCUAUCCUUAUUAUUGUCAUCAUGAGUUCUCUCAUUGGAAUUUCAAUCAACAAGACUCUCUUGUACCGUGCUCUAGAGUACAUAUAUAAGUUAUUCCCUUCUCAAAGUAAGGAGUGCAUAGAUCGAUUUCGUGCGAUGGAAUUGGGGUGCGUCCCUAAGACUGAGUAGAGUUCGUGCGUAGUUUUUGAUACCGGAAUUCGAACUAAGUUCGUCGAUUUGAUUUACUGUAUAGAACUAGUUUUUUUUUUCCCUCCUUACCUUUUUAAAAAUUUGAGACCUCUUAUAAAUGGUGUA